CCUAUAUUCAAUGGUGAUGCUUCAUUAUUUGAAUGGUGGAAAGAGAGACUGUAUAGCAAUAUUACUGCUAUUGAUCAUGAGUUGUGGGAUUUGGUUGAGUUGGGAGUAACUUUUGAAAACUUGAAUGAACAUGGUAGGUUGUCCAUGGAGAAUAGAAAGUUACUCACACCAGCUAACCUAAAAAUCUACACAAAACAUCAUAGAGUAAAGGAUAUUGUUGUUGGUGCUAUUAGACAUGAGGAUUAUGUCAGAAUAGAGAACAAGUCUACUGCUAAAUCUAUCUUUGAUUCUAUGUGUGCUACCUAUGAUGGUAAUGAAAAGGUUCAAGAGGCUAAAGCUAGUCUUUUGAUAAGGCAAUAUGAACUUUUCACUAUGCAACAAGAUGAAAACAUUGAGACUAUGUUUACAAGGUUUCAAAUCCUUGUAUCUGGUCUUAAAGCUCUUAAGAGAAGUUAUUCAACCUAUGACCAUGUUCAGAAGAUUCUGAGAAGUCUUCCUAUUGCUUGGAGACCUAAGGUCACUGCAAUAGAGGAAGCUCAAAAUCUCAAGACUCUGAGUCUUGAAGCUCUGAUAAGCAAUCUCAGAAGCCAUGAGAUGGUUCUGGAUGCUGACUCAGAAACUAAGAAGAAGUCUAAGUCAGUGGCUUUACAGUCAACUAAGACUACUUCUAAGGCUCUUAAGACUCAGCUUCUUGAUAUUGAAGAAGAAUCUUCUGCUGAUGGUCAAGAGGAUGAGAUGAAUGAGGAUGAGUUUGCUUUAUUCACCAAGUUUCAGCAAUGGAACAGAUUUAACAAAAGAAAUUUCAGAGGAGGUAACAGCUCCAGAAAUUUUGUCAGCAAAAAGGAUGAUCAGAAGAAUUGCUUCAACUGUAAGAAGCCUGGACACUUUAUUGCUGAUUGUCCAGAAAUGUCUGCUAAAGACAAAAGCAAAAGAUACAGCUCAAAGAAGCAACAAUUCAAGAGCAAAUUGAAAAAGAGUCUGAUGGCUACUUUUGAAGAGCUAUCAUCUGAGGAAGAAGUUGAGGAAGAAGAAGAGGCAAAUCUAGCCCUGAUGGCUUCAGCUGACUCAGAUGUAGACUCAGACGAUGAAUCAGAAUCAGAUUCAGAAGUAACUGAUGAGGUAUAUCUGGAUAGUGGGUGUUCAAGGCACAUGACUGGUGAUAAACAACUAUUUUCUAAGCUGACUAUGAAAGAAGGAGGUUCUGUUGGUUUUGGAGGAAAUCAGAAAGGAAAGAUAAUAGGUACAGGUACAGUAGGUAAUUCCUCCCUAUCUAUUAAUGAUGUUUGGUUAGUUGAUGGACUUAAGCAUAAUCUAUUGAGCAUAAGUCAAUUUUGCGACAAUGGUUAUGUAGUUGUCUUUAAUAAGGAAUCAUGUACUGUGUCUAAACAAUCUGAUAACACCAUGAUUUUCAAAGGUCUGAGAAAGAACAAUGUUUAUAAAAUUAAUCUUUCUGAUUUGAAUGAACAAAAAGUGAUGUGUCUUUUGACCUUGAGUGAAGAAAAAUGGAUCUGGCAUAAGAGGUUAGGCCAUGCUAACUGGAGGUUAAUCUCUAAGCUUAGUAAGCUUGACCUUGUCAGAGGUUUACCUAAAAUUAAAUAUCACUCAAACACACUUUGUGGUUCAUGUCAAAAAGGAAAGAUUACAAAGUCAUCUUUUAAACCUAAGAACAUUGUCUCUACCUCAAGACCAUUGGAACUUCUUCACAUUGAUCUUUUUGGACCAGUUAACACUGCUUCAAUCAAUGGAAAGAAAUAUGGAUUAGUGAUUGUUGAUGAUUACAGUAGAUGGACUUGGGUAAAAUUCCUAAGAACAAAAGAUGAAGCUUAUGAUGAGUUUUCUCUUCUCCUAGAACUCCUCAAC